AUGGCCCACCCCAGAUCUCACCGCGCUUGCGCACGUUCUGUUUGCUUCGCCGCAAAGCGACGGGUGACCUUGAGACUCGUGUUGCCGUCGCGUAAGCUGUCAGUGGCUGUCUCUGCGGCUGCGUGGCGGGUUGUCCAGUUGCGCGUCAGGCAGUUGAAGCACCUGAGGACCCUGCUGAGCUCUCAGGAUGGAGCUGCAAAGGUGACUUGCAUGGCAUGGUCCCAGAACAAUGCCAAAUUUGCUGUCUGCACAGUGGACCGAGUGGUAUUGCUGUAUGAUGAACAUGGAGAACGGAGAGAUAAAUUCUCCACCGAACCAGCUGACAUGAAGGUAAAGAGUGUAUUCACCUAUGUGGUGAAGGGCAUGGCUUUUUCUCCUGAUUCCACUAAAAUUGCCAUAGGACAGACUGACAACAUCAUCUGUGUCUACAAGAUUGGAGAAGAUUGCUCCUUUGAAUUUGCUUUUGAACUCUCUCGGCUGGCCCUCAAGCACAAAACCCCCGAGAUCCAUCUCAAAUACGCCAUGUACCUGGAGGAUGAGGGUAAAUUGGAAGAGGCUGAAGCUGAAUUCAUCAGAGCUGGUAAACCCAAGGAAGCAGUCCUCAUUGUCGCAGAGGUGCUUGUGGGACAAGCCCGGAGGGCCUUGGAGGAGAAGGACUUUCAGAAAGCAGAAGGGCUGCUGCUCCGGGCCCAGAGACCAGGCCUGACUCUCAAUUAUUAUAAGGAGGCUGGAUUAUGGAGUGACGCAUUGCGGAUCUGCAAGGACUAUGUGCCCGGCCAGCUGGAGGCUCUGCAGGAGGAGUAUGAGCGGGAAGCUACUAAGAAGGGGGCCAGGGGUGUGGAGGGACUCGUGGAACAAGCUCGACACUGGGAGCAGGCUGGAGAGUACAGUCGCGCCGUGGACUGCUACCUCCGAGUGCGAGACUCUGGAAACAGCGGCCUGAUGGAGAAGUGCUGGAUGAAGGUGAGGGCAGCAGGCUCUUUCUGGCCCUCCUCCUUCCUAGGCCUCCAUUCACACUCAGCUUCCCUUCUCACAUCUGCAGCUGUCUCCUCUGUGUCUUUUCCUUUUCAGUCAGGUAGCAGGAAUCUGUAG